AUGAGUCCUAAAUCUGGAAAAGAAGUGAAGAAUUUAUGCAUAACCCUCCCUACGACUACUACGUUGCUUGGCGACGAAAUAAAGAGCAUCUCUGAUAAUGUCGUUGUGCAGGAGACUGCCCUUCGUUUUCUAGACUCCGCAUCUGUCUCCCCUACCGCAAAAAGCAUACAAUCUGCCUCUUCAUUUUUCCGUGACGCAAUGACGUGCGACCCCAAAAGCGUGCAAUCCUCUCGGCGCAAGGGGGAUUAUGAAAUAAAGUUUGUUGUUGGUGCUGAGAAGGAUCCGCACAAGGACCAGCUAGCCGCCCUAUCUCGAGGUCAAGAAGCAGAGGAUGCUAAACGACGAAAAAUUAAGCGCUCUGUACGCGUAGAACAACCAGUGGACAAAUUCAAUGUCACAACUACUCCAUUCUUUAAAGCAUACUAUAAAAUCGGCGCCCAGUCCGGUGUAGAGCGCAUUAGUGCGGAUACUGUGAGUCUUCCCCCUAUAACCAGCAAGAUACAAGUCAUUGAGAAGUUCACGGAGCAAUCAACUGCACAUUCAGGUAGCCAAAAGUCCUUGACAUUGUACCCUGGGAAGGCUCCUACAUCUGUUCCAGAUCUCAAACAUGGCCGCAUAUCCGGCAUACUGCUAGCCUCAGCAGCUUUCCAGUCUUACAAUUAUGAGACAGAAGACGUCGAAAAAGCAACAGAUUCUCCAUCCCAGAAGGUGGACGCAAUUGCUGCAUAUGUGCCUAGUGCUACAAUUAACGAUAUCCGGGAAAUGAAGCGGAUAUACACACAGCUGGAAGAGCUCUCGGAUGGCAGUGGAUAUACGUACUGUGUAGGUGGACUUAGCUUCCAUGAGAUAAUGAUACGCAUUAUAGCGCCAAGGAAGUCACGGAUUCUCCAAGACGAGCUCUAUACCUUUAAGAAAGGAGUUCCCUUCAAUCCCGUUCGCCGGAAAAUAAUAGCACUGUGCCAGCAAAUUGCUUUCGAGCGUGGCGUCAAGGCCAGAGAACUCCUCUUUGACAAUAAAGUUAGAAUCUAUCCAAAGUCCUUUGAUGAUGUCUGGCCCUUGGGGGUUGCAGAGCUCAUAGCCAUAACCGGUAUUUCUGGAAAGUAUUCAUCCAUAGAGCACGUCAACCUGCCUGUAGGAUAUGGGUCUGAUUGCUCCACCAAGUCAUCUACGCAAGCUUCUGGAACUAACCAGAACUCUUCUCGGCGUGGCCAGACUAGUCAACUCACCUCUCAAAGACAGACAUCUCUAAACCAGCAGACCACCCAGGCAACGGGCUCCAGAAACAUAAAGAAGGACCCCACCUUUCCACCAAUGGAGCUCAUCUACUCUAUUCAGGAUCAGCUUCUUAAAUACUUAGAGUCACUCUUUCUGCGCAGUGUCCUAGAGCUUAUUGAAGCCUUAAAAGAUUGCGGCACUCUUACCAACAACGACCCAGUGCAUGUCAAGUUAUUGGACAUCUAUACUAAACACUGUUUCAAUAAGCCCCCUUCACCGGUUACAGAUCCAGAUGGAAUUGAAUGGGUCUCCUGCCACAUAACAGAGCGGGUAGCUGGUGGUCCAUCAUUUAGUGAUAUCUAUCGCUAUCUAGAGGGCUUUAUUAUGGUAGCUAACUGGAGCACCCUGCAUAGCGGUGUAGCCCUAGACUCUGAUGAGCGCUCCAUGCUCUGCACAAAGAUCAUCUCACCAAUUACAGCUGCCCUAAGUUUAUGCAUUUCUCGCUUCUUUCUCCACGUCUACGUCGAGCCGCUUGUGUCUGUGAUGACAGAAGCCGAUAUAAAGAGCCAGAUCCGCGAAGCUACUCUUUCUAAAGAAAGCGCCACUGUGGACGAUCUUAUCCUCGAUCUUCUCCGCCGCGAAGGAAAGGCUCUGACAGAGCUAGAACAUUCAAAGUACAAAAAUCGCUACUAUCGCCCGUUCAUGAAGAGAAUCUAUGCACAGAGGGAGGAGGCAAUUGCAACUAGUUACACGAAGGAACAAAUACACAGCAUUCAUACCCUGAUCAAGAAACUCCGAGAUGUAAGUGUUUUACCGGAUAUAGUCACAGAGUCAGGUGCUCGAGAGCUCAUAGAGUACGUCAGUAGCAUAAUGCUCAACAUGGAUAUGAGCACCCUCUCGACAAGCCUCUUUCGUGUGCUCAGGGGGAAGUUCUUAACGAAGUACAAGUCCACUUGCGCAAUUCCGACGCCCUUAAUUCUACGAAAGCAUCUUGCAUAUCAUGUUCACAUUUGCAUUUUGGCGGCCAAGGUUGCUGCCAUAAAGGUUAUUGAGGAGAUCUAUCCUCUACAUGUACACACCCAUGUAGGCAGAGUAUUCGAAUAUGACGCCUUAACACAGAUUGACCUUAUCAUAGAUUCCACAGGCGUUCUCACAAGUAGCCUAAAUAAGUUUAUAAGCAGCACAUAG